AUGGCAAUUCAAGAAAUAAUCCUCCCCAUCGACCAAGGUGAUACCAGCACCCCGAAAAAGUUGUCCUCCAGAGAAGGUCCCAUCUCUUACGAAUCGUCUUUCUGGGCAGAUGUUCGCGAAAGACGUGCCACUCCAGCUCGGACCAAGGCGAUGCUCUACGUCAAAAUCAGACACUGCAAAAUUGAGCACGGAGAUAAGAGUGAGAACUGGUACAUAGGUCAUGUCUUGCACUACGGCGGUGGCCCGGCGAAAAUCGGUCACGCAGCAGUUCGACAGCGAGUAGUAGAGGCGCCCGAACAAGUUGAAGAGCAAGGGACUCAAGUAUGGGAUAACUUUCGUGCUGGCUCCCUGGACGUCGAAGAGGAUAUGCACGAGGCUGAGCCAUGGAUUGGAGGAGUCCCGGCAGUCAAUGGGUUGAGCUGGCGUAGGGAGUACGAAGCAGAAAAACACGCAAAGAAGACACGAGAAGUAGAAGGUAGGUUGGGCCAGAAAUCUGAAGAGUCACGGAAUCUCGGGAACUCUGGUACGAAGAUGAAGAAACCGGCUAGGGACGUGAAGGAUAUAAGAAAAGAGUGGAAACGGUCAAAUGAGAAGGCGCACGUUAGAGAUGCGGCCGGUCAUUUGGGUGGAUGGCAUGGGCAGUACGAACACGGGGACGACGAAGAAGACGAGGAAGGUUCUGGUUCGAAUAGGUCUGAUGGCUUGCGCCUGAUCUAUGUUUGA